CGGGGCGGCGCGGACCUCGCGGGGCUCGGGUAGGCGGCGGCACUAGGCGCCCGACAGGGCGUCCCCACUGCGACCCGCGGCGCCUUCCUCACCCGCUCCCCUCCCGCUGCACGCCUAGUCCUCAGCAUGACGCCCGCGGGCGGCGCAUAGGGCGGCGACCCGGUGCCCGGGGAGGACCCGCCAGCUGCAUCCGCCAGGCUCCAGCCGCCCGCGCGGGGCCCUCCCGAGGCUCCGGCUGCAAGGACCAUGAAAGUGAGGUCAGCUGGUGGCGACGGGGAUGCACUGUGCGUUACCGAAGAGGAACUGGCUGGUGAAGACGAGGACAUGCCGUCCUUCCCGGGCACGCAGGAGGGCCAGCCAGGGCCCCGCUGCAGCCGCUGCCAGAAGAACCUGUCUCUGCACACGUCGGUGCGGAUUCUGUACCUCUUCCUGGCUCUGCUCCUGGUGGCUGUGGCCGUGCUGGCCUCUCUGGUUUUCAGGAAGGUAGACUCUCUCUCAGAAGACAUCUCGUUGGCCCAGUCCAUGUACAACAAGAAGCUCAUGUCAAUGCAGGAAAAUCUUCAAGGACUGGACCUGAAAGCCCUGAACAACUGUUCUUUCUGCCACGAGGCUGGGCAGCUGGGGCAAGAGAUCAGGAAGCUACAGGAGGAGCUGGAGGGGCUGCAGAAGAUGCUUCUUGCUCAGGAGGUCCAGUUAGACCAGACUUCUCAGGCCCAUGAGCUGCUCUCCACCACCAGCAGCCAAAUCUCCCAGGAGAUGGGCAGUUGCGCCUUCUCCAUCCACCAAGUCAACCAGUCUCUGGGACUGUUCCUGGUGCAGGUGAGGGGCUGGCAGGCCACGACAGCCAGCCUGGACCUCUCUCUAAAGGACCUCACCCAGGAGUGUUACGAUGUCAAGGCUGCCACGCACCAGAUCAACUUCACUGUGGGGCAGACUGCCGAGUGGAUCCAUGGGAUCCAGCGGAAGACAGAUGAGGAAACCCUCACCCUCCAGAAGAUGGUCACUGACUGGCAGAACUACACCCGGCUCUUCAGUGGCCUGCGUACCACCUCUUCCAAGACUGGAGAAAUGGUGAAGAACAUUCAGGCCACCCUGGGGGCCUCCUCGCAGCGCAUCAGCCAGAACUCCGAAAGCAUGCACGACUUGGUGCUGCAGGUGAUGGGCUUGCAGCUGCAGCUGGAUAACAUCUCCUCCUUCCUAGAUGACCAUGAGGAGAACAUGCAUGAUCUCCAGUACCACACCCGCUAUGCUCAGAACCGUACAGUGGAGAGGUUUGAGUCGCUGGAAGGACGCAUGACUUCUCAUGAGAUCGAAAUCAGCACCAUCUUCACCAACAUCAAUGCCACUGACAACCACGUGCACAGUAUGCUCAAAUACCUGGACGACGUGCGGCUCUCCUGCACACUGGGCUUCCACACCCACGCGGAGGAGCUCUACUACCUAAAUAAGUCUGUCUCCCUCAUGCUGGGCACCACUGACCUACUCCGGGAGCGCUUCAGCCUGCUCAGUGCCCGGCUGGACUUCAAUGUCCGCAACCUCUCCAUGAUCGUGGAGGAGAUGAAGGCUGUGGACACGCAGCAUGGAGAAAUCCUUCGCAAUGUCACCAUCCUGCGCGGUGCCCCCGGGCCUCCAGGACCAAGAGGACUCAAAGGAGACUCAGGCGUAAAAGGUCCUGUUGGUGGCAGAGGAUCCAAAGGAGACCUUGGCAGCUUGGGCCCCCCUGGACCCCAGGGUCCUCAGGGGCAGCCUGGGGAGCCCGGACCAAUGGGCGAAAGAGGACCAAUUGGCCCACGAGGUUUCCCAGGCCUCAAAGGCUCAAAGGGCAGCUUUGGCACUGGAGGAACAAGAGGACAGCCAGGCCCCAAAGGGGAUGUGGGGCCCCUGGGGCCAGAGGGGCCUCCUGGGUCUCCAGGACCCUCAGGGCCUCAGGGGAAACCAGGAAUAGCAGGGAAGACAGGGUCACCAGGCCAGCGGGGGGCCACGGGGCCUAAGGGUGAACCAGGAAUCCAGGGUCCCCCUGGCUUGCCUGGGCCCCCAGGCCCACCAGGAAGCCAGAGCCCCUAUUGAAAAGGGUCCUUGGCCCAGACACUGCUGCACAGAAAGGGGUGGGAGCUUAGGAAAGCUCAAAAGCUUCACUACAGAAAAUCAAAGUCAUCUGACCGAAAUGUGGGGUGUUCCCCAGAGCUAACCCUGCAGCUUUGGGAUCCCCAGUGGUGACUGUACCACAGGAAAGCGUGCACACGCGCGCGCACACACACACACACACACACACACACACACACACACACUUCCCUGCUGGCCAGGGGUGAUGAUGGGGUUUCCCUGGCUGUGCAGGAGGAGAGAGCAGAAGCCCCUCUCCCGUGACUGAACCAGCCAGAAGGUGGCCACCUCAAGAAGAAGGUCUUGAAUCUGUCCCUGGAUGGUAGUCAGCUCCUGCCUUUCCAGCCCCUUCGCACCCUUGCUGACCAGCAGUUUCCCACAGCUUCCUCUGGCUGAGAAGAACUAGGGAGGGUUGGUGGUGUAGCUCAGAGGUAGAAUACUUGUCUAGUAUGUGGGAAACACUGGUUCCAUCCCUAGUAUCCCUGAAGGGGGAAAAAAAAAAAAAAAAAAGAUCCAGGGAAAGGUUUGCAGGGCAUUAUAGUUGAAAUUCCAGGGAGGAGGUGGGUGUGGCACCAGCAAGCCCUAAGGUCAUCCUGGAAACCGAGCUCCCCCUGCCUCAAACAGGACAGUGAGACUGUUCACAUGGUACCCCUGACAAAUCUGUCAUUUCCUUUCAAAGCAUUUCCGACGUAAAUCUUGCCUCUGUAUCUCAGGAGCACUCUCGAGGGAAUCCAAGCAACAGUUUCAUCAGCAGGUGGAGAUGCCACGGGCCCUGGAAAUCCUGCCCAAGUGCUGUCUGGUACCCAGAAAGGCUGCAGAGGUGGCAGCAGGAGGCGGGGGCAGGCACAAAAGCUGCUCCUGAAGCUGGCAUGCUUUGUUCCAGCAGAACUCUUUGGUGACCAGGAAGAACCAGAGUGCCACAAGCCCCCCCCCCCC